CAGAAGCUCAACACUGAACUGCUCCACAUGAACGACCUGCUUGUGCUGUAAAAACUGGAUAGGUCGUUUAAAAGUGGCGACAUUAGUCUUUGUGCUGGAGAGCUGGUCGUUCAACCCUUGAGAAGACAGAUGGUCUAGCUGGUCUGUCACCUUGGCUGUGGUCCUCAGGCUCUUCCACAGUCUCCCUGGGGUGUUGAUGACACUGGCUCGGUGCCAGUCCUCUGUAGAUGAAGAUGUCCCUGGCCCAGCGAGUGCUCCUUUCCUGGAUCUUCGCCCUGAUCUUCCUCAUCAUGCUGGUCCUCAAGCUAGACUCCAAGGUCCACUGGAACUGGUUCCUCAUCUUCCUCCCUGUCUGGACCUUUGACACCAUCCUCAUCCUCAUGCUGGUGGUGAAGAUGGCGGGUCGCUGCAAGCCGGACUUUGACCCCAGGGAUGGUGAGCAGAGUCUGAAGCGGAGGUUGUGGUACUUGACAGCCCUGUUGCUGAAGCUGGCCUUCUGUCUGACUCUAUGCUCACGCCUAGAGAAGCUCACCGAAAUGUGGGUCAGCUUGGUGUGUGUCCCCCUGUGGGUGCUGCUGGGUGGGGCACUGGUGGAGCUGGGACACAGUGUUUUCCACUACAGGAGGGACUGAAACAGAACACUGUGCAGUACACGGGUUGAAAUGUUCUGAAGGGGACUUCAAGGUUUUGAUACUUAAGUUUCUCUCACUACAGAUGCACCAAUCUGAGUGACUGGAUUGGUAUCAGGGCUGAUAUUGACCUUACUGAGCGCACUGAGUAUCGUCCACACCUGACGAUCCACACUAGUUUGUUUGUCAGUGUUAUUAUAACAUUAAUCACUGUAACUGCUCUAAGUUAAAUAUAUCACAGCAGGCUGAGGUCCAAAUAAGUUGUACACAGUGUGAUAUACAGGUUUCAAAGAAACAGGUAGCACCAGUUGGACUGGGAAUUUGUAUCACAAGAGUAAAAACUUGGAUCAAUGCAUCUUUCUCUCCUGCCACAGAAGAGCUAAAUUAUGUUAUUUUGUUGCAUUUUGGUUUGAAGGAGGUUUUUUUUGGCAUCUUCAGAAUAAUCGCAGCUUUUACACUGUUUUGGCGUUCACAGCAUUGCCUUCUGGCUUGACUUUAGGCAGCAGGAGAAGAAAACCGGGCAAAUUUAGAAUCAGAGCACUUAAACUGCUAGCAAACUGAGGUAUUGAUCAGCUAUUGUGAUCCAAAAUGUGCAUCAGUUCCUGGCUACACUAAAUGACACUAAAAGUCACCUCUUCACUGUUAUGCACUAGCAUGUGUUGCCAGCCGUUGAGCCAUUCACUGUCUGUCUGUGAUAUCACUGUUGACCUGUUAGAAACUACACCACAUUCAUAAAGAUGGACAAUAUAUGAUGCAUUAUUACUAUUUGCUCAGGAUCUCGCUCUGCGGGUUACACAAUUUGGAUGUAAAUUUUGUAAUUGCUGUCAUUAUAUCAAAUUAAAAAAAUAUUUGCAUUGUGCAAAGAUCUAUUUCACUGUCAAAUUUUUAGUUUACAUCUUUUAGGAGAAAUAGUUUCCUGUGAAUACAAUAUAAACAUCUGUCAGCUGAAAAGCAACGUUGUUCCCUAAAUCAACAGGGUUUGUCCUGACUCAUCAGAGGCCUGUCCUACGAAGCUGGAUUUUCUCUUAUCGAGGUAACUUCAGGGUUAACCCUGGGUUUCCGUCCUACGACGCUAGUUCACUUCUUACCGGGGUAAAUCACCAUGGUAACUUAAGCUGAACGGCUAACCUGCUCCGGAGCAGGUUAUGUUCUGGAUAAGAGAUCAACGAGUACAAAAAGCACCACCUCCUGACCAAUCAGUUCUCUUGGAAACUGGAAAUUCUCUUAGAAGAUCCUGUCGACAUUAGUGCGUGGAUCGUGAGAGGAGCGCUUAGGAGAGAAAGAGUUUUUAGGAAUAGAUGCAAUUUUUUAAAUGAUCAAAAUAUAUAUUUAAAAAAUAAUCCUUGAUGCACAUGAGGGAUAUUAUUCUGUAUGUUAUAUAGUUGGUUUGACUUUCUGAGAUCAAAGGGUCAGGGAGCAUAAUAACUUUAUUUAUUUAUUGUAAUUGUAAACAAUUGACGAAAAGAUAUAUUUGUAAAAUAAGCCUUGUGGCACGAGAGGGAUAUUAGUCUGUAAUACAGUUGGUUUGACAUCAUUCACUCAAAUGGUUGAAGCGCAUAAUAGGUUUGUAUUUUGAAUGUUGAAUAUUAAACUAAGUAAUGUCGCUACGAAAGGAAGGAAGGGCACUGAGGAAGCGCUCUGCCCUAAACGUCUGUGCCGUAAUAAAGUGAAAUUGAAUGAUCAGAGUGCUGUCCGUUUAUAUUGUCCCAUGAAUUAAUAUUGUAUAAUCUCACGAAUCUACACAUUAACAGAGCCGGGAAAUUUUCUGCCAGCAUUCCUUCCUGGCUUUUGCUGCGGGAACAGUUUUGCUUUUGGCCUGGAUGAUGUGUUUGAAUUCUUCAUAUUUUUGAAGAAUAAUUGUCUGCUCCUCCAUGGUAAAGUAGGCUGCUCUGCAGGGUUUCUCCAUGUUUGGGAUUGGUCAGACGCUGCAAACACCAC